AUGGAGAUAGGCGAUCUGAACCCGGCCGUGGCCCUGGACCGGUUGAUAACUGCUCUUAAGCCGGGGCCGUUUGCCAGGGCCGAGGAGGCCUAUAACAGGAAGGAACCGGGCAGGGAACCAACGAGAAAGGCCGCGAACGCCGAGCCCUCGAACCCUCGUCCGCCGAGAGGACCGCGUUACACCGCGUACACUCCCCUCAAUGCGAGCAGGCCAAAGGUAUUGGAGCAGGCCCUCGCAUCCGAAGUACUGGUGAUACCCAAGCGGGCGAACACACCACCGAGGGAUGACAAGGCUAAGUCGUGCCGAUUCCAUCGAAACCGGGGCCAUUCGACUAAAGAAUGCUCGGCGCUGAAGGACAAACUUGAGGACCUCAUCAAGCAAGGUCAUCUCGGGAACUUUGUAACACCGCAAGAUCAUCGAACAAGAGGGCGAGAUCAACACCCUCGCGAAGCACCAUCGCAGAGAGACCGACGCCACAGGUCUCGAUCAACCGAAAGGAGAGACCACUCCCGAAGCGUCCGAGAAGACAACAGCCGACCGAGGAAGAUAAUCAACACGAUAGCAGGAGGUUUUGCCGGGGGAGGUUCCACAUCUUCCGCUCGGAAAAGACAUCUCCGAGCGGUACGAUCAAUAAAUAGCGUGAACCAGUCAAGAACGUCGAAAAUGCCUCCGAUCACCUUCUCUGACCGAGACUUCCGAGGCGUCGAUCCCGUCCAAGACGACCCCAUGGUGAUUUCGGUGGAAAUGCACAAUUGCAUCGUGAAGAAGACUUUGGUCGACCAGGGGAGUUCCACCGACAUCUUGUACUGGAACACAUUCAAGCAGCUCGGGAUCCCGGAGGAAAGCCUAGAGCCAUAUCACGAGCCACUAGUCGGGUUCUCCUGCGAAAGGGUAAUGACCAGAGGGAGCAUUGACUUGUACACUCGGUUUGGGUUUGACCAGAAGUCCUCACGAGAGAUCAAAAUCCGAUACAUCGUGGUGCAUGCAAACACAUCAUACAACAUCCUACUGGGCUGA